UUGACACCUUCGUCCUUAGCAACCAUGUCUCAUUUCUUUAAGAUUUUGAAGGAUCCUUUCGAUACCACAACACACCGCCGCAACAACCGCGCGGCAGAGCAGAUCAAUGCCAACGAUGACUUCAUGGGCCAAGACAAGGAGCAAGAGGGGAAUACUUCACGUCCACUUCCUCAACAAGACAGGCGACCGCGUCUGAAUCCGUCAUCACCUUUGAUCACUGACCAAGGGGUACCGCACCCACUAGCCGCUCGAAAUCACAAUGCAUACUGGAACAGCGUGCUUUCAGAAAGAGACAACUCACAAUACGGCCACAAGAGCAAUAAUUGCCUACCAAAAUCUUAUCGCGGCAUUGUAAAACGCAUCAACCGUAGCAGCAGUCAAGACAGGGGCAAAGCAGUCAUAACCACAUCUCACCAUCAUCAGUCCACAAACUCAAAUAAUCUGCCUAUCACUUCGCACACCACCCAGGAAUCUCGAAAGAACAUGGAUACGAAGCCACCCCCAACAGCCCCUCCCAGCUCGCCCACGGAAGAGCCAAGGCCACUCUCAAACCUAGACCUCUACUCCCAUCCAAGCCCUGUCCCUCACCCAAAUCCUUCCCAUCCGCGACCCAGUACCCCAACAGCAAGCAUCCCCUUCUCCUCCACAUCCGCCCUCAUUCCUACUGACGCGCCGAUCCUUAUAUACGGCUCCCCAGGCCAUAGACGCCGUAUGUUGAUUAGGAAGUACACCCCGCCCCCUCUCUCACCUCAUAUCAUCCGCUUCCCCACGCCUUCAGCCUCGUUCACAAGCUCGCGAAGGUCUAGCGCUGCUAUCUCGGUUCACGAUCAGCACGAGAGGCAGAGAGAGAGCGGUGAGCGAGUAAACAGAGAAUACGAGGAGCGGGAAGAAGAUAUCACGACGUGGAAUGCGACACUCAAUGCGAUACUCGAGAGCGGGUUCAUUGAUGCUAAUCUCGUCCACGAUAUUCACUCCCGCGCGCGCAUGGCUACAAUCGUGAAUGAUGCCGUUGCUACACACUCUGCCUCUCUCCCAAUUUUAGAAACACAUAACAAUGCGGGGCAAGUGGAUAUGCGCCACGUAGGUGUCACUCCCAACUUCUCGUGGCCAAUGCCCAAGAUGGCCCUUCGAUCGCGUCGUCACCAGACCCCAACGGUGGAGUUGGCGAAGACAAUCUUGCUGCGUUCCGUGAAUUCGGGAAUGAGGAGAAGAGUAAAUAUUGGUUCGCAGAGAAUGGGAAUGGCGAUGGUAGCGAGAGUGAAGGAACGGAUAAUGGUGAGGGUCUGUAUAUCCGAGAUUUGA